UGCUAUUAAAGCCCCGAGGACCAAAGGGCACCAAGCACAUCUAGUUGGAAGGGAGGAAAACAACACAAACCAAACUCUAUCCAGUCACACCAGAUAAGCCCCUCUGCUCAUAAUGCACUGCCUAAAAAAUCUAAAGACAACCAGUCCAGGAGUCCUGAAGCUGCUUAAGAGUGAAGUUCUCCCUGGCAGAGUUGGACCAGACCUGCUCAGGAGUCAGCAACCUGCUUCCCUCCUCAAAUGGGCAGCAUCAUCCCACACACUGAGGGCCUUUCACAAACAACCUGGCCCCGAAUUGGACCAAGAACAAGACAAAAGGCGCCUGAUGUUCAGCAUGGUGGACUUGCUUUUCUACACCAUCACGGAUGGCAAAGAGAUGAUCCCCUUUUCCCAGUUCAUCUCAGCUUUGAAAAAAACAGGAUUGCAGCCAUCCGACCCCCGACUGCAGCACGGCAUCCAUCAGAUGCGGCAGUCCUCACACGACUCCUCUGGAUCGGUCUUGAUAGACAAGACGCUUUUCAGAAGGUGUGUGGGCAACAACGUCAUGUUGUUGACAAAUGCGUUCAGAAAACAUUUCAUCAUCCCUGACUUUGAACAGUUCACCCACCAGAUCGAUAAGAUAUAUGAAAGUGCAAAGCAUCAAGAUGGAGGGCAGGUGGCUGAUUAUAUCCCUCAGCUGGCUAAGUUCAGCCCCGACCUUUGGGGUGUAUCUCUGUGCACCAUCGAUGGACAGAGGCACAGUGUCGGCAACACUAAGGUCCCCUUCUGCAUGCAGUCGUGUGUGAAGCCUCUGGAGUAUGCCAUUGCUGUUCACGAGCUCGGCAGCGAGCACGUUCACCGGUUUGUGGGCAAAGAGCCCAGCGGAUUUAAAUUCAACAAACUGUCGCUAAAUGAAGAAGAUAAACCACAUAACCCCAUGGUGAACGCUGGAGCCAUUGUCAUCAGUUCUUUGAUUAAGCCUAAUGCAAACAAAGCAGAGAGGUUUGAUCAUGUGAUGGAGUUCCUGAAAAGCAUGGUGGGUGCAGAAUAUGUGGGAUUCAGCAAUGCAACCUUCCAGUCAGAGAGGGAGACUGGCGAUAGAAAUUACGCGAUUGGUUAUUACCUCAAAGAGAAAAAGUGUUUUCCAGAGAAUGCAGAUAUGAUGGCAGCACUUGACUUCUACUUUCAGUUGUGCUCCAUAGAGGUCACCUGUGAGUCAGGAAGUGUCAUGGCUGCCACGCUUGCCAAUGGGGGGAUUUGUCCAAUCACAGGUGAUCGUGUACUGAGUGCUGAAGCUGUGCGCAACACCCUGAGUCUCAUGCACUCCUGUGGCAUGUAUGACUUUUCCGGACAGUUCGCCUUUCAUGUGGGCCUACCAGCAAAAUCUGGCGUUUCCGGGGCCGUGCUGCUGGUGGUUCCAAAUGUCAUGGGCAUGAUGUGUUGGUCCCCGCCUUUAGAUCGUCUUGGAAACAGUGUUCGGGGUAUUCACUUCUGUAAUGACCUUGUGUCUUACUUCAGCUUCCACAAUUAUGACAACCUGAGGCAUUUCAACAAGAAGCACGAUCCCAGGAGACGAUCAGAUGAUGACCCAAAUAAAUCAGUGGUAAACCUGAUGUUUGCUGCAUACAGCGGUGACAUAUCUGCUCUGAGAAGGUUUGCCCUUUCUGCUGUGGACAUGGAGCAGAGGGACUACGACUCUCGCACGGCGCUCCACGUUGCUGCUGCAGAAGGCCACCAGGAAGCUGUAAUGUUCCUAACUGAGAUAUGUAAAGUGAAUCCUCAUGGAAAAGACAGAUGGGGCAACACCCCCCUCGAUGAUGCCAUGCAGUUUGGCCAUGACGCCGUUGUUUCUAUCCUGCAAAAGUACCAGAAUGAGUACGUAGAGAAACGCUCGUCAACCAGCCCAGAGGCGCACAGUGCCGCCCUAGACAGCAUGAAGAGCUCUCUGUAAAUCACAGGUGGAGAUGGUCUGCUUGUCCUUUGGUGGAUUGCAAAAAAAAAACUGGUGACAGUUUUUUGUUUUUCUCAUUGAAAGUGCAAUUUUUUACUGUAUGGCAAAAGUGGUUUGUCAUUUUUAUUUUCUGUAUCAGCUUGUAAACUCACAUCCGUUUUGUUUGUCCUUUCAUGCUCAGUAUUUUUCCUCCUUUCAUAUUUUUAUGUCACCAUUAGGAGAAGAAAACAUACUCUCCACACACGCAUGGCAUAAAACAGUGAACAUUAGUCAUUCUGAGUGUUCGAUGCAAUUAAUUUAUUAAUCAAUUUACGAUGGAGUUCAUCUCAUGACACCAUACCAAGGAUGCAAGGCAAAACAAGUCAAACCAUUUAAACCUUGUGCUAUCUUAAGAUGACCCCACCCUUACAUUGACGUGUUCUCCCUACCAUGACAAAGGUGGAUAAAGGUGGAAAGAUUUCAUGUAAUCCAUGGACACCAGUGAAGAUCACAAAUCAUUGAAGAAAAAAGGUUCAGAGCACUGUCUAGUGGGUCUAGAUGACCCAACUCCCAAUGUUAAAGUGCCUAGGAUAACAAGAGGGUUAAGAUCACUUACAGUAAUGUGGUGAAAUUUAGUCAAAUACAACCAGAUUUCUACAGCUGCAGUUCAGGAGACAGCCUUCUAACAAUAAAAGGGAAUUUUGCAUACAACCCACCUUUUUUUCAAAACACCAACAAAUAAGGGCUUUUGUUUGAAAUGUAAAAAUGAGAGUAUCAUUUCUUCAACAACGCAUAUUUUUGUGACUGGUUGGAUCAGCAUUAUGAAGAAAAACACUGUAGAUAACUGUACAUUUAGUAGAGUUUUUGAGCAUGUAAAUACUGUAAUAUUCUCUGAUUUAUUUUCCCAAAAAAAUUAAGUAUUUUUUGGUCAUAUGUAUGUGAAAUAUACUGUACAUUUCAAUAUAAAAAUAUAACUAAAUAACUUUUUUUUAUUUAAUUCCCACAUCUACUUUAUCUUCAGUACCCUGAGAACUGGUUUAAGUUCAUAAAGCUGGACACUUUAUAAUUUAUGCACCAACUUUAAAAACUUGCUGUGAAGAAGUAUCUAAAACCAAAGCAGUACUGACUUCUGUGAUCACUUUUACGUUGCACAUUCUUCAGUCUAAGUAGCUAUUAUGCACUAGUUUUUAGUAUUAUAAAAUACUGUAAAUACAUUGUAUUUGUAAACAUUUCUUUUGUAAAUACAAAUAGUAAUGAUCUCAAAUUAAGUUAAUGUUUAUAUUUCAUAUAAAGUUAGCAGUAUUGUUCUGUGAGCUAUAUUUGUGUUUGUCACUGUAAAUACUCUGCUGUAGGCAUGUGCAAUAUUAACAAUAUUUACAUUCAAAUAAGUCCCUAAAUGCAAUGUAAGGUGAAUAAAGAUGAAAACACCAUC